AUCAACCCUAUGCACCCCGUGCGCGGCCUGCAAGCCAUCUUCGCCAUUAUCGUCCUAGGACUCAUGGCCUACGUCUCUUCAUGGUGGGCGUCACACUGGCGCCAAUCCUCCCCCGCGCAAAUUUCCUUUCUCCUCUUCACCUCCGUCUGGUCGCUCACCACACUGCUCCCCAUCUUCCUCAUUCCGCUGAAAUUCGCACACCUGCUCUCGAGUGCCGGGUUCAGGUGGGGUCUAGUGGCGCUCGAUGCGCUGAGUAUGCUAUUCUGGUUCGCGGGAUUCAUUGCGUUGGCAGUGUUCCUGAACGGGAGGAUUUGUUUUGGGCAGGUGUGUGAUGUUGCGCGCGCGGGAGCGGUGUUUGGUGGUCUCAGUUGG